UGCAGAACCACAGAUCACUACUGAGCCGUGAUACUGGAGUAAAAAGGCGAUAAGGUUUACACCGAGCAGGACGAAGAUGUUCAAACAAUGAGGUGAUUUUUACGAAAGGUUGUGAAAUUGUGCAAGCCAUGCCUUUUUUGGAAUUCAUAGCUGGCAGCAUUUCAGGUGCAGUGGGACUGGCAGUUGGACAUCCAUUAGACACCGUGAAGGUGCGCCUGCAGGCCCAGUCUGCGUAUAAAGGGAUACUUCACUGCGUGACUAAAACUUACGCUCAUGAAGGGCUCCAUGGAUUCUUCAAGGGCAUGGCGUUUCCGGUGCUGACCACGGGCCUCACCAACUCAAUUGUCUUUGGCUCUUACAGUAACGCCUUAGAUUACCUCACUCAGUCUCAGCGCAGUGACCGCAGUGAAGGCAAACCGGCCUCUGCUGCACAGGUCUUCACUGCUGGCUGCUUCUCAGGUCUGGUGCAGGUGUCUGUCUGUGCACCCAUUGACCUGGUGAAGGUGCGUCUGCAGGGUCAAACGACCGCUGACCGCUACCGUGGACCCCUUCACUGUCUCGCCGUGAUCCUGAAGGAGGAAGGGCCCCGGGGUCUGUUCAGAGGGGGGCUGGCCCUCGCCCUGAGGGAUGUCCCCUGCUAUGGACUCUACUUUCUGCCUUAUGAGGUCACUCGAAAGGCUUUGACAGAGAGCGGCCAACAGCCAGGCACGUUUGCAAUAUUGAUGGCGGGGGGCGUGGCGGGCGUGGUGACCUGGGCCUUCGCCACGCCCAUGGACGUGGUUAAAGCCCGGCUCCAGAUGUCGGGGGCCGGCGGCCGGGAGUACAGCGGGGUCCUCCACUGCAUGAGAGUGAGCGUGAGGGAGGAGGGAGUGAGGGUCUUCUUCAAAGGCCUCCUGCUGAACAGCCUGAGGGCGUUCCCCGUCAACGCCGUCACCUUCCUCAGCUACGAGACUCUGAUGAAGAUUUUCUGUCCACCGACGAGAUGACGUCACUCCUGAUAGUGAAGGGAUGCGCUCGCGAGAUCUUCCCACACGGUCUGGAGAUUUGGCUGCAGGUCGGAUAUUCUCAGGGUCACUUUGAGCUUUUCAAAGUAGGUCAACUCUCACCUGACUCGUGUCAAGAGACCUGAACACGUUUGAAGACCAGUGAGGAGGAAGUCUUUGGUGACGUGAGCUGCUGUGAUGGAUGAUGUCAGUUUUAAGCAGCUCAUAGUUACUGGAACCCAAAUGCAUUUCACUUCCAUAAAAUGUGAAUGUAAACAUUAUAAUGUUGUUGCAUGUGAGAAUUCUUCAUAUUCUACAUGUUAGUCACUAUAGGUUUAUUUUUUAUUUCAAAACAUUUUAUUGACAUCAGCUGGACACAAACACUAAAUGAUUUCCUAAUAAAUAAAUAAUAUAAAGAAAGAAUUUGAUUUAAUUGCAGGCCUCAUAUAAACAAUGAAUAAUGAAGGCCAUGAGAUGUGGCUGAAAGUAAUCUAGAAGCAGCUAUAAUCAAUAUUUUUACACUAACAAUGAAUCGAAUGACGGACUUUAACAUGAAAAGGGUUACUCAUAAUGAAGGAUUCAAGAUGUGCAUGUAAAUCACUGUCUGACCACUGAAAAUACAAAACACACUUUCACAAGCUGCUCAAGAGAAAAUACUUUUAUUUUCUGUUCAUCAUCACAUCCUCACUCAGGAGUUACAUCACUGAUGAUUUUUUACAUCCGAUUUGCACGUUCCCAAACAUACAGUUAAUUAGUGCUCUGUCCGACCUCAGCACCUUUACUGACGCUCCGUGUGUUUGAACUUCAAAAGACUUCAUGUGGAAGAUUAGUGUAAAAAACAUAUAUUCAUACAGUAUCAAGAUUAAAUCAACGGCGCCCUCCUGGUUCUUAUGAAGGCUUCAACAAAAAACUAUUUCUCAGACAAUUACAGGAAAUAGCCACAAAGAAUGAACAUGUUUAUUAUGUAAAUUUAAAUAAUGUUCAAGUCGGACUAGCAAACACAAACCAAAACAAAAACUUAGAGAACAUCUUGAGAUGGAAUCAAACCGUGACCCAACUGGCCUUAAUCUUGAUCUGAACCACACACCUGUAAAGUUUAGUGACUGUAUCUUGCACACAUAUAAACGCCUGUGUGGUUAUCACACACACACACACACACACACACACACACACACACACACACACACACACACACACACACACACACACACACACACACACACACACACACACACACACACA